AAUUUAUGUACGUCAUAAAUUGAAAUAACAUUUUGUGAUUUAUGCCUGAAGAUUGAAAAUUGUAAACUUGCAAUAAAAAUUAGCUGAAAUAAAUGUGCUCACUAUUUGGGCGUGGCUUAGCCCAUUAUAUAUAUAACAACGCGUUGCAUGCACGUCGUGCGUGGUCUAAUUGCAAACCAGCUAAACCAACACCACCCGCUGCAACCGAACCGCACAGCAAAAUUGUAGAUGUGUGUUGUGAAGGUAUGGUAGUUAAGAUAAUACCGGCACGCAGCAAUAACUAUAUGUAUUUGAUAACUGAUUUGCCCACCGGUUGUACAGCCGCAAUCGAUCUCUCUGAUAACAAAAUUCUCUUUGAAAUACUUAAAAAGGAAAAUUUAAAGCUUUCCUUUGCUUUUAUAACGCACCACCAUGAGGAUCAUUCAGGCGGUACGCAAGAGCUGGCCGCUGCGUGUCCCGAUGUGAAAAUAUGCGCUGGUGAUGAGCGCAUCAAGUCUGUUAAUCAUUGUGUUAAGGAUUGUGAGCAAUUAAAAUUGGGUGAGAUGACUAUGAAUUGUAUGCAUACACCUUGCCACACCGUGGGUCAUUAUUGUUAUUUUGUGGAGUGUGGUGCGGGUGGACCACCAGCACUUUUUACAGGCGACACACUUUUCCAAGGCGGUUGUGGUGGUUUUGAUGAGGGCACGCCUGAUCAAAUGUAUGCGAUUGUAAAACGUUUCCUUGAAUUACCCAAAGAGACGCGUAUCUUUGGUGGCCAUGAGAAUACAAUUCUAAAUCUACGUUUUGCUCAAUGUGUUGAACCAGAGAACUCUAGCAUUAGCGCACGCUUAUUUUGGGCACAGAAGCAGCGUGAAAAUAAAUUACCCACGCCGCCCUCAAUGCUGUGUGAAGAAAGAACGUUUAAUCCAUUUUUGCGCGUUGAUCAUCCGGAUGUGCAGCAUUACACCGGCGAUACAGAUCCGAGUUAUGUAUUGUUUUGUUUGCGCAAACAACGGGAUGCUUUCAAGUAGCGGGUGCUUCAAGUGAAUAAUAAUAGCAAACAGUUGUGCAUUUAUGUUUAUUUAUAAACGUUUUGCUACAAUUAUACGUAUAUACAUGUCAAUAAUUAUUAUUUAUGUAUAUAUGAACUGUUUUAAACAUUAUUAACUGAAUUUAUUUGGUUUAUAUAAUACAAAUGCACUUAUAAUAAAGCAAUGCAAAUUAUUAUUUAAGUUUUUGUUCAUUUGUGUCUGCCUGUGCUGCAAUGCAGAAAGUGCCGUUACAAUUUUUCCAUGCAGUUUUCAUUAAAAGUGCAUUGUUUAACUUUAUUAAAGGUUUUAGUGAAAUAUUGUUGAAUAAAUUUAGAUUUAAAUGAAGUAAAGUGAAUAUCUGAAUACCGUUGAUGUGUUUAUGUAGUGAAUGGUAUCGGGUAAAGUAUAUACAUACAUAUUUGGUGUUGCGUUAUUUGUAAGUGCGUGACUUGGUCGUAAACUUAUUGCUUCGGUCUAUAUUGUUUCUAAUAGUGCGUUUUGUGAAUAAUAUUGUGUGAAUAUUGAAUGCCCAGUGUCCAUAAAAUAAUAUAGGGCACCAAGAUCAAGAGUAAAAAGUGUAAAGAGAUUGAAGAUUCCGUGAUUGCGUGGACAUCGCGCAAGUUGCAUAUAAAGCGCAUACCUAGUUUUGCCAAGAUACCAUAUUGAAGCAUAAUUGGUAUUAGGCAACUUAGUAAUAAUAACGUUAUACAUGGUGUUUGGGUAUCACAUAUGCCCCAAUAUUUGGCCAUUUUUCGCGAAGCAAAAGCUCAACAAAUGAUUACUUGCGCUUUCAUUGCUAAAUAGACACAAGGGAUUCAAUAGUGACUGUAAUCAUUAGAAAUCAGGCUUACACUCUUAAAGAAAACAUCCUACAAGCUUAACUCUAAAUUUAGAACACUGCAGAAGUGCUCUAGCAAUGCAAGUAUUGUUGUGUGAGAGAGAGAAAAAAACAUGGAAAGAGCGAAAGAUAGAAAUUGAUCAUUGCAGCGCUUGCAGCCGUAUAAGCAACAACAAGAACAACAGCAAAAUCCAUUACCGAUGUCAGGUAACUUAUGCGAUCAAGCAAGAAUCCAAUGAUGAUCUUGCAGCUGAAGAUGAUCAACACGCCUUGCCAGCCACUCCAGCUAACGCCAAUGUGAAGUGAAUAAUCGGCAAGCAGAUACUUUGCAAGAGAAUGCAGAGAAAGACGAAUACGGUGCAAAUAAUGCUGACAACGAAAGCAACAAAGCAGACAAUGACGAUGCCGCAGCAGCGUUAGUGUUGUCAAUGACAAACGUUGCCAAUACAGGCUACAUAUUAAGCGUACCGCCAGCGAGAGAGAGCGAAUAACUGGAUGAUAUGCGUUACAACAACAGCAGCAAUAGCAACAUUACAAGUAAUAAUGUGAUAGCGAUGCAUCAGCGCCUAGUCAGACAGACAAACAUAGAUUGACUGGAAGCAACGUUCGACGGAAGGGCAACACAGUUCCAAUUUGGCGACAAAAUGUCUUUAGUCCAGCGGAAUCAAAUAUAAGCAACAAAUUGACAACAGCUAACAGCAAUAAACCCAAAAAUCGAACGGAUGCUGUGAAUAACAGUGGUGCAGGCGGUGCAGGUUAGUAUUUCAUUAGACAAGCAGUACGUUUCCAUAAUUUAUCAGUUUACAUUACAUUUAAAUAAAAUUUUUAUUUUCGCAGGCGCGCGUUCUGAAGGUGAGUGGCGACAAGCUGACGAUUUAAGCACGAGUGACACUACUGAGGCCUCAAGUGCUAGUCUAGAGUUACAACGAAAUCGCAAUAAAAUGGCAAAUCAGCAGCAGGCGCAACAACAACAGGCUACAAGCAAUAGCAAUAAAGAAAAUAACGACGAAGACUUGAUCAAAAUUCCGCUAAUA